AUGUCAGGCACCACGCAUCCCAAUGGCGUCCCCUAUCUCCGUCCAGCCGGCAACGCCCAAGGCCUCGCUAAUUAUCCGCAUGCCCGAACGGUUACUGCCGGGCAUGGAGCUUCUUAUCUCCAUAUUUCGGGAACUUCUUCGCGCCGCGGCGAUGGAUCGUUUGUCGGAGCUGAAAGAGCCCACGACCCCAACGGCAACCCCUCUCUCAAACUCGACAUUCGUCUCCAGACAGCGGCCGUCUUGAAGAACAUAGCGGCGAUCAUAGACGGCGCCACGGAGGGUCGGGCUGGGAUGCAGAAUGUGGUCGAAGUUACCGUUUUCCUUACGAACAUGAAAGACGAUUAUGCUGGGAUGAAUGAAGAGUGGAACAAGGUCUGGCCAGACCGCACGACGGCGCCGGCACGCACAACUGUGGAAGUGAGGGCAUUGCCCCGGGAGGAAAUCCUGGUGGAGAUGAAAUGCGUUGCCUGGCUCGCCGGGUUUCAACUUCGCGCCAAAGCCCAAAGCCUUACUAAACCAAGGGAUUUAGUGCACCCUCGAUGGUCUGGUAAUGAUUGCUAA